GCAGUCUGGGCCAGGUGGACUGUAAGGGGCGGAGGUAACCAAAAGCGGCCAGUGGUGUCUGCCCAGUGGUUCCCCACCCCCUGUACGCAACGACAGGGUUGGGGCGCAGGCGGCUGGGCCAGCUGCGUUCUGAGCUCGGGCACCGCUGUCUGCUUCUCUGCGAGCGCGCCCCCGCUGCGUUCAGCCCGAAGUCGGCCACCAUGGAGGCGCAGGCACAAGGUUUGUUGGAGACUGAACCAUUACAAGGAAGAGAUGAAGACACUGUAACCAGUGCUGACUUCUCUAACAUGCUCUCUGAGGAGGAAAAAGAAGAGUUAAAAGCAGAAUUAGUUCAGCUUGAAGACGAAAUUACAACAUUACGACAGGUUUUAUCAGCGAAAGAAAGGCAUCUGGUUGAGAUAAAACAAAAACUUGGCAUGAACCUGAUGAAUGAAUUAAAACAAAACUUCAGCAAAAGCUGGCAUGACAUGCAGACUACUACUGCCUACAAGAAAACACAUGAGACCCUGAGUCAUGCAGGGCAGAAGGCAACUGCUGCUUUUAGCAAUGUUGGGACGGCCAUCAGCAAGAAGUUUGGAGACAUGAGCUACUCCAUUCGCCAUUCCAUAAGUAUGCCUGCUAUGAGGAAUUCUCCUACUUUCAAAUCAUUUGAGGAGAGGGUUGAGACAACUGUCACAAGCCUUAAGACGAAAGUAGGCGGGGCGAACCACGGCGGAGGCAGCUUUGAGGCGGUGCUCAGCUCCACGGCCCACGCCAGCGCGCAGAGCGCGGCAGGCGGCCUUCGGCGCGCGGAAGAGGAGCUGCAGUGCUAGGGCUGCAAGCCCCGCGCCCCCGGAGGCCCUUCGCCGCCUGCGCACGGCAGAUGUGAAGACCAAAAUCCCGCUGGGAAAUCCAUGCCUUGAUCCUGUUCUUCAAAUGGCCUCACCACAGAGUUUAAUAAAAUGAUUUCCGUUUGUUUGUGUUGAUAAUGGACCACUUGACCAUCACACUUCAGUAUUCAUAGAUUAUCUUUCCGAAUGCCCUGACUUGAGCACGUACAUAAUUGAUCAUGACCCUUCUCUGUGUAACUCAAACAUAUUUUCCAGACACGAGCUAUUAAUUAUUUGUUUUGAUUUUUGCUCGGACUCCUUUACCUUGUGCAUGUCUUUGAAGGCUGAGUGAGAACUUCCUUUCAGUUCAGUCACCCCACUGGGUGGAGCUCUUUCUGUCUCCAGCAAUGGGAUGACACAGCAAUUUCAUCAAACUGCUUGUGAUGUCCCUCACCUACAUCAAUUACAUGUUUAUUUAAGCAAUUAAAA